UGCUCAGAGGGUCAGAGAGUGGAGGAGGAGGAGGUGGAUGGUAAGAAGAAGGAGCAGAGGAGGCGCGCCAUAGAGGGAGUGGUGGACAUCACAAUGCUCUGCCUGAUGGAGAUGAACCAGAAGGGACUGGUCGACAAACUAUUGAGCGGAUCUGCUGCUGUCGAGUGCCAACAUAAAAUUAAGUCCAAUUUGAAGAAGAAGUUCAGGUGUGUGUUUGAGGGAAUCGCUAAAGCAGGAAAGCGAAUAGAUCUGAACGACUUCUACACAGAGAUCUUCAUCACAGAGGGAGGCAGUGGAGAGGUCAACAAGGAACAUGAGGUCAGACUGAUUGAAACAGCUUCCAGGAAACCAGUCAAGGAAGAAACACCAAUCAGAUGUGAGGACAUCUUUAAACCCUUACCUGGACACGUUCGACCAAUCAGGACGAUAAUGACAACUGGAGUGGCCGGCAUUGGUAAAACCGUCUUAACACACAAGUUCACUCUGGGCUGGGCUGAAAGCAAAACCAACCAGGACAUACACUUCACAUUUCUCCUCACUUUCAGAGAGCUGAAUUUACUGAAAGGGAAAGAGUUUAGCUUGGUGGAACUUCUUCAUCACCUCUUUAUUCAGACCAAAGAAGCAGGAAUCUGCAGAUUCGACCGGUUCCAAGUUGUCUUCAUCUUGGAUGGUCUGGAUGAGUGUCGACUUCCUCUGGACUUCCAGAACAACCCAAUCUGGACUGAUGUUACAAAGUCAAACUCGGUGGACGUGCUGCUGACCAACCUCAUCAGGGGCGACCUGCUUCCCUCUGCUCGCAUUUGGAUAACCACACGCCCUGCGGCAGCCAAUCAGAUCCCUGCUGAGUGUGUUGACAUGGUGACAGAGGUGAGGGGGUUCACGGACCAACAAAAGGAGGAGUACUUCAGGAAGAGAUUCAAAGAGGAGACGAUGGCCAGCACAAUCAUCUCCCACCUGGAGAAAGGCAACCUGAUCUUUUACGAGGAAGAUAUGGCAGAGUGUGACAUCAAUAUCAGAGCAGCCUCAGUGUACUCAGGAGUGUUCACCCAGAUCUUUAAAGAGGAGUAUGGGCUGUACCAGGACAAGGUUUUCUGCUUUGUCCAUCUGAGCAUCCAGGAGUUUCUGGCUGCCCUUUAUGUCUUUCUGUCCUUCAUCGAUACUGGUGUCAAUCUGCUCUCAGAAGAACCACCAACAUCGAGGAAAGAUAAACUCCUCUUCUACCAGAGUGCUGUGGACAAGGCCUUACAGAGUGAGAACGGACACCUGGACUUGUUCCUCCGCUUCCUCCUGGGCCUCUCUCUGGAGACCAAUCAGAUUGUCCUACGAGGUCUGCUGGAACAGAAAAAAAGAUCACUGACCACUCAGAUUAAAACAGGUCUGCUGCGAAUGACAGGAAGUAGCUCACACACCAAUGAGGGAACAGUGUCACAGAUCAAUGAGGGAACAGUGUCUUACAUCAAGGAGAAGAUAGAAGGAGAUCUAUCUCCAGAGAGAAGCAUCAAUCUGUUCCACUGUCUGAAUGAGCUGAACGACUGUUCUCUAGUGAAGGAGAUCCAACAGUACCUGACAUCAGGAAGUCUCUCCGGAGAAUCUCUCUCUCCUGCUCAGUGGUCAGCUCUGGCCUUCAUCCUACUGACAUCAGAAGAGGAGCUGGACGUGUUUGACCUGAAAAAAUACUCUGCAUCAGAAGAAGGUCUUCUGAGGCUGCUGCCAGUGGUCAAAGCCUCCAAAACAUCUCUGCUGCUGGGCUGUGAUCUGUCAGAGAGAUCCUGUGAAUCUCUGGUCUCAGUUCUCAGCUCCAAAUCCUCUAGUCUGAAAGAAGAGAUCCUGUGA